GCUCUCCAUCCCCAGCUCGCGCACAGCGGGACGGCGCGCCAAUCAAAAAGCACCCUGGCCGCCUCACGAGGAAGCUCCUAUUUUGACUUGUCCAGUUGUUGCUGACCGGCCGGAGACGAGGGGAGGUAACGGGACCUGGUCUUUGGCGCUAUGAUGCAAAGUUUCAUCGGAGUGUGUCACCUCUUCUCGGUCCUUCUGCUGCAGCUCGUACCUGCACAGAUCUCACACCCUCCAGAGGGAAGUCACUCAAAAGUGAUGGCGUUCCAGGAGGUGUGGGCAAAGAGCCUGUGUCGGCCCAUGGAGCAGUUGGUGGAUGUGGAGCAGGAGUACCCUGGAGAAGUGGAGUUCAUCUACAUGCCUGCUUGUGUCCCACUUUGGCGCUGCUCUGGUUGCUGUGGGGACGAGAACCUGGAGUGCCAGGCUACGCUCGAACGCAACAUCACCCUGCAGGUGAUGAGGCUUCACCCCAUGUUAUCUAUGCACCACAUGGAACUGACAUUCGUGGAGCAUCAGAGAUGUGAAUGCAGACCCCGUCAGAAACUCCUGAAUAAUAAAAGCAGCAGCGAGUCUAUCAAGAACAGACCUCGCAGGAGAAAACACAAGAAGACAGCAAACGGCUGUGGCAAGUGCCAGUUCCCUCAAAACAAGAUCGAUCUUCACUGAGUCUCAUCUGUCCAUUCUUUAAUGUGGAGGAGUAACUUCAGAGUGGAGCUCAUCUGUGAAUCGAUCAUCUCUCAUUCAUCCUGUUUAUAUUUCUGUCCUCAUCCAGUGCGUCCAUCAGACGUUCCAUCUUGGCCGUGACAUUGUUUUAUUUUUUGAUAAAUUCUCAAAGCAAACAAUCCUAUCUGCAAACUCCUUCAGCUCUAACUGCUGUUUUUAUCAGAACAAAAUCAGCAGCAGUUUUAGUUUUAAAAGGCUAGCUGCUUUUGUGGGAGGUUUUAAAAAUAGACGACAGAUUCAGAAUAGGUCUAGAGAUAAUUGGUAGGAUGCAGUAAGCAUAUCCGUUGCCAGGGGAAAUGAUUAAAUACAAAUUUUCUUCUUACCUGUAGUGCUGUUUAUCAAUCUAGAUUGUUUUGGUUUGAGUUGUCAAGUGUUGGAGAAGAGAGAUGUCUGCCUUCUCUCCAAUAUAAUGGAACUAGAUGACAUUUGGUUUGUUCAAAGUGCCAAAAAAAUAUAUACUGUAAAAACUCAACAUCAAUGUCUCUUUCCAGAAAUCAUGACCUGGUUUUUCAAGAUAAUCCACAGACCUUGUUGUGAAUAGUUUCAUGUAGGAACUAUUUUCUUUCCACUGAGCUACACCCACCAACUGUAUCACUGUGCAGAAGGAAAUGUGCAUCUACUCAUGGACGAGGGGCUCGUGCUCAUGACAGUGUGAGAUAUAAACAUAAUGGCGUCCUCCUUGGCUGAGACGUAAUGUUAGCUAGCUCAGUGGUGCUAGGUGAGCUAGCAGUUUGGGUAGGGUACUGAACUCUGUACUUUUAAGGGUGCCAACCUAAUCACCCGGGCACUGAUUAAUGUUAAAGCUAUCGAUGCCAGGUUUUGGUACCUAGGAGUGCACCUAGGUGAUAACAACAGGUUGAGACAGGAGGCGGAAGCACUGCAAAAUGCCCUGAAGCUGGAAAGCAUAUGAGUAAAGUACCAAAAAAGGUACCAUUUGGCACUAGUGCAAUUUGAGGUGCCAGCACCAGUGCCGCUAUAGGUUCAAAUGUGAAUGGUACCCAACCCUACUAGUAGAAGAUACACUCUUCCUUCUGGGUGUUGCUACAGUAGCUGGGUGUAGUUUGGUAGAAAGAAAAUAGUUCCUACAUGAAGUCACAAGGGGGGUGAAGCCUAUCCCAGCUGUAAUUGGGCGACAUGUGGGCUACACCCUGGACAGGUCACCAGACUAUCACAGGGCUGACACACAGAGACAGACAACCAUUCACACUCACAUUCACACCUACGGACAAUUUAGAGUCACCAAUUAACCUGUAUAUCUUUGGACUGUGGGGGGAAGCUGGAGCACCUGGAGGAAACCCACGCUGACACAGGGAGAACAUGAUUACCUGUCAGAUCAACAGCAACAUUCACACAGAGGCCAGAAACCUUCAUAACUUUAUUUUCAUUGUAACUUUUGCAGAGUGUCUCCUGUUAUAACUGUUAUAAAACUGAAACAUCAUGUAUGUGACUUUCUUUAGAUUGUUAUUUACUUAUUACGGGACGUAAACAUUCAUUCAAUAAAAUGCAAUCCAAAUAA